AUAAACACUCUCUGCGUUAUCUUCGUCCAAUUUUUCUCCCUUCAUAUCCUUGCCGCCCACGCGGCAAAAAUGUCAGGAGGGAACAGGUAAUACUAAUCUGAAGACAGAUUUUUCACGUCGCUCCCCAUUGCCAUCACCUUCUUAGCUGUACUCCUGUUUAAAGGUCUUUAUAAAGGUCAUAGAGAUAGAGAUAAUAAAUGGAAGAAGCAGAGGGUUUUUGUCUGUGUCUUUGAUAGCAGCAGUGGUCAGGAAUUCUUACCUACAGCUUCAGCUUGAGGAGGAAUUGAGGGCUCAAUUCUUUUCACCUAUUCUCAUCUUCUCUAGUACAAUGGCGGCAGGAAACAUUACCUCGAAUGUCAUAGUUCCUCAAGUUCUUGCAGAAAGCAAUUACGAAGAGUGGAGCAUGUGUAUGAAAAACUAUUUAAUUGCUCAUGAUCUUUGGGAUGUUGUUGAAGAAUCAAGCAAUGUCAAUACAGCGGACAAGGUUGCAGCUGGCUGGAGGAAAAAGAACGCUGCAGUUCUACAUGCCUUUCAAAUCUCAUGUGCACCUGUAAUUUUUGCCCAUAUAAAGGGGGUCAAUUCAGCUAAAGAUGCUUGGGGCAAAUUAGCUGAAAGAUAUGAACUUAAGCAAAAAUGGCAAUUGCUAAGGAAGGGAAGAUCAAGUGAAGAGUUAGCAGAUAUAAUACAAUGGUUUCAAGGAACCACCCCAGAUUUUCAAGGAACCAUCCCAGGAGCAUCCGAUUGCAUUGACAGGUGUACCGUUAUAAAUAUGUACAUGUCUAUUUUUUCGGAAAAUGGUUGGAGUGCUGUAAUGGAACUUAUAGAGAAUCAUCCAGCUGCAAAAACUGCAAGAUUUCUGCGCAAAGGUUUCCCCAUUCUUAAUAUUGUGGUUUUGAGUGGUAAUUUAACAAGGGUUGAACAAUUGAUAGAGAGAAUGUCAAAAAAGGAGCUGGAAACAACAACAGAUCAUGAGGGUAAUACAGCUCUUGCAAUUGCUGCAAUUUUAGCCUCAACGAAGAUUGCAGGGUGCUUAAUCAGAAAAAACCGGAAUUUGGUCACCAUACCAGAUAACAAUGGGAUGAUUCCAGUUGUGAAGGCAAGUUACUACAGAUAUGACGAAAUGACAAUGUUUCUAUACUUGAAGACUCCAAUUGAAUCCCUGGAUCCAGCCAAUGGUGGCUAUGGUUCCUUACUACUUCAUUUCUGUAUACUUAACAAAAUGACUGAUAUUGCUUGGGAUCUACUGGACCAUUAUCCGCGUUUGGCAUUCACUAAAUUUAAAGUCAAUAAUCAGGAGUCGACUCCAAUUAUGACAUUGUCUGCUCAACCUUCUUUGUUCCGUAGUGGAAGUGAGCUUUCAAUUUUACAACGGUGGAUAUAUUCUCGUAUAAAGGUAGGGCGGACUGCUGCAAUCUGUAGGAAUUAUGAUGUGCCAAUCGAACAAGAUGACGUGCCAAUCGAACAAGAUGACGUGAAAAUACAAGUGCCACGUAAACAACAUGGGUUGAGUGCAAUCCUCCAAAAGCUACCAGGAAUGAAACACUUAUAUGAACAAAAGCUGAUCCAUAAACGGGCCGAAGAGACUCUGCAUAGGAUAAGCAGUGAAUUAUCAAAAUUAAAUGCAAGACAGCUCGUUGAGAGUGGAGCUAUCCCUGCAUUCUUCCAAGCUGUCCAGCAUGGCAUAAUGGAGUUUUUGGGUGCAGUAGUGGUUGAAUCUUGUCUAGAUUUACUUUCAAGUGCUGAUGAAAAUUCAAGAGACAUGUUCAUGCAUGCAAUUGAAUAUCGUGUAGAAAAAUUUUUUCACAAUGAAGAUUUUUCCAAGAAUAGGAUAUUUCUGAUUGCUUACAGAGAUAAGGACAACAACAAUGUGCUACAUAUGGCCGCGAAGUUAGCUCCUGACUCUUUUCUAACUCGAAUCUCUGGUCCUGCUUUGAAGAUGCAAAGAGAAUUACAAUGGUUCAAGGAGCUAGAGACUCUAGUUCCAGAGUGUAAAGAAUUCGUUAAUCAAAAUGGAGAAACUCCUCAGCAAGUGUUUAGUAGGGAUCACAAGCAAUUGGCAAAAGAAGGGGAAGAAUGGAUGAAGCAAACAGCUCAAUCUUAUACUGUAGUUGGUGCCCUUAUCAUCACUAUUAUGUUUGCUGCAGGCUUUACCGUUCCCGGUGGUAACAAUCAAGAUACUGGCCUCCCCAUAUUUUUACGUAAAAGAUUAUUUAUGGUGUUUAUAUUGUCAGAUGCAAUUUCGUUGUUUAGUGCAUGUACUUCAGUUUUGAUGUUCUUAGGAAUCCUCACAUCUCGCUAUGCCGAAGAAGAUUUUCUUGAGUCAUUGCCAACCAAGUUGAUUAUCGGCAUUUGUACACUCCUCAUCUCUAUUACAGCAAUGAUGGUUGCUUUUUGUGCUGCUGUUUCAACCAUGUUACGGGGACAAUGGUGGGUUAUCGUCUUGCUAGUUCUUUUUGCCAGCAUUCCGGUGAUUGUCUUUUUGUUAUUGCAAUCUCGGCUUCUUAUUGAGAUUUUGCAUUCAACUUGUGGAUCUGGAAUCUUUAUUAGGAAAAGAUUCUUUAUAACAAAAUUGACAAUCUCCAUAAGAGAGAAGAUGAAGAAAUUUGCAAGGAAAAAUGAUGUGGAGUAGAAUGAAUAGUCUUAGUUAGGGAGGAAAAUGAUCCUCGGCAAUUAAUCUUUGGGACGUUGUUAAUUGAAUCUAGUGAUGUGCCGCCUUUUAUUGAUGAAGAUCGAGGCUGCUGCUAAUUGGAGGACAAAGAAUGCUGUAGCUCUACACACGCCCUUCAAAUCUCACGCGCACCUAAGGUGUUUGCUCGGAUGAAGCAGGACAAAUCAGCCAAAGAUGUUUGGAAUAAAUUGGCUAAACUAUAUAGGAGAAAGUGUAAAUCGCUAUGUUGCUGUUGCAAUUGUUUUUAACUUUUUUAUUGUGAAAUCUAUUUGAGUGUUGUGAAGUGAUAAGUUUAUAUUU